AUUAAAUUUCUCACCUGGAUUUUACCUGGGAAAUAUUUAUAUAUAUGGAUGUUCAAUAAUUCAAGAUCACACUCAGGAUGAAGAACAGCAAUGGAUGAUCCUGUACUCCAUGAUUUUACACAGCCAGAUCAACUCAGUGACAUUACCCUGAUUGUUGACGGUACAAACUUGUUUGUACAUAAAUCUUACCUAGCUGAAUGGUCAGGAGUAUGGAAGCGGAUGUUUCUGGAGGAUUAUGGGAAUCCUGAGGAAGCCAAGGAAAUAUUUCUGUCUGACAAGAAACUGAAUGAGAUUACUGAACUACUGCAUUGUAUCUACGCAACACAGAAACCUAUAUCUGAGGAAAAUGUGAGUUAUUUAUUAGAACUAUCAGAAGAAUAUGAAAUAGAAAGAAUAAAGAAGAGAUGCGAGGAAUUUCUAUUAAAUCAGGAGAGAUCAAUUCAGUCUCUCUACCUAGCUCAGAAAUAUGGAUUAAAAAAUCUAUUCAAAGUCUCGUUUGAGUUUGCCAAGACACGGACAGUUGAGGAGCUAGAAAAUUCACCUGAAUACAAACUUCUUGAUAAGGAUGUUGUUAUCAAAAUAUAUAGUGAGAAAGUAAACAUGAUGAGGAAUUAUGCAAAUGAUUUAAGACAAAGUGAAAGUAGACUUGAGAUCACAUGUGAUAAACUGAAAGUAGAAAAGGAAAAUAUGAAGCGAAGUUUACAAUUAGUUCAGGACAUUUGGACUACUCCUAAUAAGAGGUGCUAUAAACAUAUUACGGAAGGGAAGUUUGAUUUCUCAUGUAGUGAUUGCAAUGAUAAAAUUCGCUGGGAAAUACGGAGGUUAUGUGUAGAGGGACAACAUGUCAGAGUGUACUUUCCUUCACAGAGUAAACACAAAAAGUGAUACUAGUUUUUUUUUAUAUUAAAUUUGUUGCAAUACUUUAUUACUUUCAUAAAUUUGAAAACAAGAUUAUUUAUUAAAUAUAUUCAAAACAAUUAAAAGUUAUCUUAAAAUAUA